ACUCUAUGCCAAAUGUCAUGUCGAAUAAAAUAUAAAUAGAGUACUAUUUUUACUUUCACACACAAAUAUCUGAAAAAAUAAAAAAUAACAUAUUAAAAUGGUUGAGGAAAGAGUUAAAAUGAGAAAACAACUAGGACUUUUGGAAGGAGUGGCAAUCAUAUUGGGAAUUAUAUUCGGUAGUGGUAUUUUUAUAUCACCCAAGGAAGUAGUAGAGAAAACCGGGUCUGUGUGGGGUGCUCUAGUGGUGUGGGCUAUGUGCGGAGUCCUGGCGACUCUUGGAGCCCUCUCCUAUGCGGAACUGGGCACAACGCUAGCACAAAGCGGAGGGGAUUACCACUACAUCAAUGAAGCGUAUGGUCCGCUGCCAGCUUUUCUCUACCUUUGGGAUGCUAACUUGGUCUUUGUGCCGAGCACGAAUGCGAUUAUGGCGUUAACUUUUGCAAACAAUAUUCUGCAACCGAUAUUUCCCAACUGCUCAAUAGAUCCUGUAUGCAGGAAGCUCAUUGCAGCUGCAACCAUAUGCCUGCUGACGUUCGUGAACGCCUACGACGUGCGGCUGACGACGCGCGCGCAGAACGUGUUCAUGUUCACGAAGCUGGCCGCGCUGCUCGCCGUCGUCGGCGGCGGGCUCGCGUGGGUGGCCGCAGGGGGCGUAGAACAUUUCGAAGACGGCUGGGCCGGCACCAGGACGUCGCUCAGCGACUGGUCGGUCGCCUUCUAUUCGGGAAUAUUUUCUUACUCGGGCUGGAGUUACCUGAACUUCAUGACGGAGGAGCUGCGGGAGCCGUUCGUGAACCUGCCGCGCGCCAUCUACGUGUCGCUGCCGCUGGUGACGGGCGCGUACGUGCUGACCAACGCCGCCUACCUGGCCGUGCUGGGCCCCGCGCGCGUGCGCGCCAGCGACGCCAUCGCGCUGGACUUCGCGGCGGCGGCGCUGGGCGCGCUGCGCUGGGCCAUGCCGGCGCUGGUGGCGCUGGCGGUGCUGGGCGGGCUGUCCGUGCACGUCAUGACGUCGUCGCGCAUGAGCUUCGCCGGCGCGCGCAACGGCCACCUGCCGGCGUUGCUGGCGCACGUGCACGUGGGCCGCCUGUCGCCGCUGCCGUCGCUCGUCUUCCUGAUGCUGAUGUCGCUGCUGAUGCUGAUCCCGGACAACCUGACGACGCUCAUCACGUACUGCACGGUGGUGGAGGCCUUCUUCACCACGCUGAGCUGCAGCGCCGUGCUGUGGCUGCGCCACAAGCGGCCCGACCUCGCCAGGCCCAUCAGGGUGCCGCUGUGGAUGCCGGCGCUGUUCGUGUCGCUGAGCGCGCUGCUGCUGCUGGCGCCCGCGGCCAGCGAGCCGGCCGCCGUGCUGGGCGGCGCGCUCAUCACGCUGUGCGGCGUGCCCGUCUACUACCUGCUCGUCGCCGCCGAGCCCGCGCUCGUGAGGCGCGCGUCCGACGCGGCGACGCGCGCCUGCCAGAAGCUGCUGCUGUGCGCGCCCGAGGACCGGGACGACUGACGCGGCGCCGUCGCUCGGGGACGCGAGUGUGAAGCGCGGAUGCGGCUUUCCAUUGCUGACACGACAUUUGAAAUCGAUCCAAAAGUUUCUUUACAAUAUUAGUUUAUACGAGCGCCUCUCUAUCUAGUCUGUUAGGUAUAUAAUGUAAAACGCAUUACAGAGUACAACUCUAUUCUGUAACACGUUUCACAUUGCAAAGUACCGACAAACGUCCAAAGAACUAACGAAUGCCAAACGACUUACAUUUCUCGUCUUUUUACACCUACUAAUAGGUUAUUAUAAUUAACUUGUUCAUAAAUUAAUGAAAAUAAUUUUGGUUAAUGAGCUUAGAAGAAGUUAAUAUAUUUUGAAUAACAUUUUAUGGAAAAUACAUAAUUUAAAAUAAAUAAGUUAUGUAAUGUCAUGCGAUUUCUGCCUUCAUUUGUUGGUAAACAGUGCACAUCGAGUGUGGCUCUGGUGUUUUGGUUUUAUACACAAUGUAUGCCUUCGAGUGAACCUAUUGUUUUCAUAACUUUAUAUAGAACUUUAAUUAGGAUAAGAAAAACGUUUGUACUUUCUCAAUAAUUUUAAAUUGAAUUUAUAAAUAUCGUUUUAAGGACAUUCUUAAAUAUAACAAAGUCUUAAAAGUGUCAAAGUGAGAUAUAAUGAGUCUCUUUGUAUUUAGUAUUUAUAGUGAGUGGACGAGUAGGGUGCGGCUCAUUGAUGAUUACUAUUUGUUUUUACACGUAUAACUGAGUGUCUAGUUAGUUUGGUAGUUAGUAGAAGUCUAAGUGUUAAAGGUUUUGUUAACUUUUUUUAUGAAAAAAUCGAAUAUUAAAAGUAACCUUAUGUUAAUGUUUUAUAUAGACGAGUGAAAAGUAUCUGAUACUUACUUUUAGUUGAUUGCGGUCUGCGAGACCACACCUCCCCGUACUCUGCCGUAGACCAUUGCAGCAGACGAGUACGGAGGCGGACGGUUAAUCUCCAGUUUUAUUGUUUUAGUCUUGCUGUGUUAAAUGUAAUACUUCAUCGUCAUCAUUAUCAGCCGCUGGACGCCCACCGCUGGACAGUCCUUUUGAAUCGACUUCCAAACAAAACGGUCCCUGCAAUCCGCUGGAUGUCUUCGGUCCGCCCAGCGGGGGGUUUCCAGCACUUUGGGACCCCAACGUCCAGCGGCUCUUCGAGCUGUGGGGCCUGCCCAUUGCCACUUCAGCUUCGCGAAAUGUAUACUUACCGAGUGUUAAAUGUAUUUUUAUACUUACAACACUACCACUGUUGUUUUUGUAAUUAAGAGUAGGGAUUUUAUUUAUUUUAUUUAAGUGUUUUAACAAAUUUACAUUAUGGUUUUACACAAUUGUUUGAAAAUAUAACUGAUUUUUGUAACUUUUUAUAUAUAAUAAAGUUUUUAUUAAUCAA